CGGCCGUGGCAGCAUCCUCUCACUCACUCACUCUGUACUACUGCCUGCGAUGUGACUCCACGCAGCGCGCUUUGCUGGAAUAAUCACCCCGCGGGACUGACAACUGACGGAUUUUACGCGCACGCCACGCCGUCCGGUUUUCCAAAAUCAACGGGACACCGCGGCUGCGGCCAAUGCCUUUUACCAUGACUGUGGGAUUAAUAACGAUUUUGUCCGCUGUUACAGCCGUUUACGCGAUGGAAGAAACAUUAAUGGACACCAGGACCGCGACAGCAGAGCUCGGCUGGACGGCGUACCCUUCAUCAGGGUGGGAGGAAGUAAGCGGCUAUGAUGAAAACCUCAACACCAUCCGAACAUACCAGGUGUGCAAUGUCUUCGAGUCCAACCAGAACAACUGGCUGCUCACCACAUUCAUCGCUCGUCGUGGCGCUCAGCGGAUCUAUGUGGAAAUGCGUUUCACUGUCCGAGACUGCAGCAGUAUUCCGCGAGUGCCUGGAUCCUGUAAGGAGACCUUUAACUUGUACUACUAUGAAACGGACUCUGUUAUCGCCACCAAGGGUACGGCGUUCUGGAUGGAGGCCCCGUAUUUAAAAGUGGACACUAUUGCUGCGGACGAAAGCUUCUCGCAGGUGGAUUUUGGUGGUCGGUUGAUGAAAGUGAACACGGAGGUGCGGAGCUUCGGUCCACUUUCGAAAAAUGGCUUUUAUCUGGCAUUUCAGGACUAUGGGGCAUGCAUGUCCCUGCUUUCAGUACGUGUGUUUUAUAAGAAAUGCCCCAGUGUGGUGCAGAACUUUGCAAUCUUUCCAGAGACUAUGACUGGAGCAGAGAGCACCUCCCUGGUGAUUGCUCGUGGGAUGUGCAUCCCAAAUUCAGAGGAAGUGGAUGUACCAAUUAAGUUGUACUGUAAUGGCGAUGGGGACUGGAUGGUUCCGAUUGGGAGCUGCACAUGCAAGGCAGGAUUCGAGCCGGACAAUGGGAACAUCUGUCGAGCGUGUCCUCCAGGAACAUUCAAGGCUAGUCAAGGGCCGGGUCUGUGUUCUCAGUGUCCAGCCAACAGCAGAUCUACAUCUGAAGCGGCCACCAUCUGCGUCUGCAGGAACGGCUACUACCGAGCAGACGGAGAGCAGCCAGACAUGCCCUGCACCAGUGUUCCUUCUGGACCUCGAAACGUGAUCUCCAUUGUGAACGAGACGUCCGUGACCCUGGAAUGGCAUUCUCCGCGUGAAACUGGCGGUCGCGAGGACGUCACGUACAACAUCGUGUGUAAGAAGUGCCAGGCGGACCGGCGCUCGUGCUCUCACUGUGACGACAAUGUGGAGUUUCAGCCACGUCAGCUGGGACUGACCGAGUCCAGAGUGUUCAUCAGUAACCUGCUGGCUCACACACUCUACACGUUCGAGAUCCAGGCGGUCAAUGGCGUCUCCAACAAGAGCCCGUACCCUGCCCAACACGUCUCCAUAGACAUCACCACCAACCAGGCCGCUCCGUCUAUUGUUCCCAUAAUGCAUCAGGUCAGCUCUACCAUGAAGAGCAUCACGUUAUCAUGGCCACAGCCUGAGCAGCCCAAUGGCAUUAUUCUCGAUUAUGAGCUGCGCUACUAUGAGAAGGAGCUGUCAGAGGUGAACUCUACGCAGAUGAGAAGUCAGACCAAUACAGCGCGUGUGGAUGGAUUACGGCCAGGCACCAUGUAUGUAAUGCAGGUUCGCGCCAGGACUGUCGCCGGCUUCGGCAAAUACAGCAGCAAAAUGUGCUUCCAAACCCUCACAGAUGACGACUAUAAAUCAGAGCUGAGGGAGCAGUUGCCACUGAUUGCGGGCUCGGCCGCGGCUGGAGUGGUCUUCAUCGUGUCUCUGGUGGCCAUAUCUAUAGUCUGUCGAAGGAAACGAGCUUACAAUAAGGAGGCAGUGUACAGUGACAAACUCCAGCAUUACAGCACUGGCAGAGAGCUCACUCUUAGGCCAGAUCUGUCGAACUGCCACACGCCCAUGGGCUGCCCGACACUGCCAGGCUCUCCGGGCAUGAAGAUCUACAUCGACCCCUUCACCUAUGAAGACCCCAAUGAAGCGGUCAGAGAAUUUGCCAAAGAGAUCGACGUCUCGACGGUCAAGAUCGAGGAAGUCAUUGGGGCAGGUGAGUUUGGGGAGGUUUAUAAAGGUCGACUGAAACUCCCUGGAAAACGAGAGCUCUACGUUGCCAUCAAAACACUGAAGGCGGGAUAUUCGGAGAAGCAGAGGCGUGACUUUCUGUCCGAGGCAUCGAUCAUGGGUCAGUUUGACCAUCCUAACAUCAUCCGUCUGGAGGGGGUGGUGACCAAAAGCCGUCCAGUGAUGAUCGUCACCGAGUUCAUGGAGAACGGCGCUCUCGACUCCUUCCUCAGGCAAAACGAUGGUCAGUUCACAGUGAUCCAGCUGGUGGGGAUGUUGAGAGGAAUAGCUGCAGGGAUGAAGUACCUGUCGGAGAUGAAUUACGUCCACCGGGACCUGGCCGCCCGCAACAUCCUGGUCAACAGCAACCUUGUGUGCAAGGUGUCGGACUUCGGCCUGUCCCGUUAUCUGCAGGAAGACACAUCUGACCCCACCUAUACUAGCUCACUGGGUGGAAAGAUCCCUGUGAGAUGGACCUCACCGGAAGCCAUAGCGUACAGGAAGUUCACCUCUGCCAGUGACGUGUGGAGUUACGGUAUCGUCAUGUGGGAGGUGAUGUCGUUCGGCGAGAGACCCUACUGGGACAUGAGCAACCAAGAUGUGAUCAACGCUAUAGAGCAAGAUUACAGGCUUCCUCCACCCAUGGACUGUCCCACUGCUCUCCACCAGCUGAUGCUGGACUGCUGGCAGAAAGACCGAAACGCCCGGCCACGCUUCACAGACAUCGUCAACACACUCGACAAACUUAUCCGCAACCCCACCAGCCUUAAAGCAGUUGCCAGUAUACCUACUAUACCAUCCCAGCCACUGUUGGACAGGUCUAUCCCAGACUUCACCACCUUUAGUUCAGUCGAGGACUGGUUGGCCGCUGUCAAGAUGUCUCAGUACAGAGAUAACUUCCUCAACUCUGGAUUCACGUCCCUACAGCUGGUCACUCAGAUGACUUCAGAGGACCUGUUAAGGAUAGGAGUGACUCUAGCCGGCCAUCAGAAGAAAAUCCUUAACAGCAUCCAGUCCAUGCACCUGCAGAUGUCUCAGUGCCAGACGGGCACUGCGCUGGCAUGACUACAGGGGGCGCCAGACGAUGGGCUGGGCAGCUUGCGGAAGAAUUACCAGCGGGCGAGCCCAAUCCCAUCGGAGCGCGCCAGAAUAGAGACUAUCAUCCUGAUCUGAGUACGCCUCUCAGGAGAGGAACCAUCAUCCCAUUUCCAGCAGAGCAGGACGGGGACCCGCGGGGACAUCGUCCGUUUGUCUCUUCGGAGCUACAGGGAAAAGCGAAGAAGUGGACUCUUUUUGUCCCCUUCUCAUAGUUGUAGUUAUCUUCACAAGAAACCGCAGUGACUGUUCAGAUCCCAAGCAUCGUUUUCGUUUAUUUUCUCGUUUCUUCCCACUAUUAAACAUCACUGCUUCCCACUUACACUACCUGUCGAACUCGGUAUGGCUGACGUUUGCCAAAGGACAUCCCGAAUGCCUGCGUCCCGCUCCCUGGCCAUACAAGCGUAAAUGGUGUAUAUCUUUAAAUAAAUAUGAGUAUAUCUUCAGAGUAAAACCUUCAUAUUGAAGGUGAAGUGUAACGGACUUCUAUGUAAAUACUCUCUUCUUCCGCUUGCAUUUUUGGCAAUGUUGCGCAACUGGACCAGAACCGCCGAUUCUGCAGGACACGAACAAUCCGGGAUGAACUUUUGAUUCUUGUCGAUGUUGUGUAAAUAUCAGUUAGUUGUGUAUAAACUAGAGCUACUUUAGGACGAAAAAAGCUACGCAUUCAGGCCACUAAACAGUGUUUAUUGUAGGUGUUUACCACGCUGAUGAGCACUUACGUGUACAGCUUUUCUUUCUUCCACCUCUUCUUCUUCUUCUUCUUCUAGUCGUUCUUGUUAGUUUCGUGUCGGAGUGUUUGAAUGCGUCGACUAGCGUUGGGAGGGUGCGCCAUUGCCGCCUUAACUAGCUAGAACACUUAAAUGUAGUUCCACUGUUAAUAAGCUGUACUAAUGUUGGUCUUACAGGGUCUUAAAAACCGCUAAUCUGUUUCAAAGCACGUGUUUACAUGACGAGCUAAUGAAAAAGGGAGGAAAAAAAGAGGAAACGCUGCCCUUCACUGCUUUUUCUUUUUAUUAUUAUUAUUAGAUAUUUUCAGGUCGAUUCACUCUCUUUCGGCUCCAGAUGUUUCCAGAUGACAUUGCUAAAUGCGCUACAUGUUCUUUCGUGUCACCAGCCCUCCAUUUAUUUGCGUGUGUGUCUGGAUUGAACAUCUGUGUGACCCUUUAUGAACAGAUGCCUAACGCCACCCCAUUGAGCACAUUCUACUUAAGCAGUCAAUGAAGCACUGGUGAACACACACACUUACACACACAAUCACAGGCUGCUGUUAGCUAUUGGCUGAUCGUCUUUGGUUGCUGUGGAAAAAUGUCAUAAUUAAUUAGUAAAAUGUUAUAAAAAUUAUGUAAUAAAA